CGAGCACGUACACCCACACCACACACUCCCCCGCACCACCUCAGAGUGCUCGACGAUGUCGUCGUCGACGGCGGCGCUCGCCGCGGCGGCGGCGGCGUCGGCGGCGCUUCUUGUUCUGGCCGCGUUCGCCGGCGGCGUGGAGGCCCGCGAACGCGAGUCGGCGUGGUUGCCUGCGGCGAAGAAGAUGGCGGCGGCGCCUAAGAAGGUGGCGGCGGCGGCGGCGGCGAAGGUGCCGGCGGUGAUCGUGUUCGGGGACUCGACGGUGGACACGGGGAACAAUAACGUGGUGGCGACGAUGCUGAAGAGCAACUUCCCGCCGUACGGGCGGGACCUGGGCGCCGCCACGGGGCGGUUCUGCAACGGGCGGCUGCCGCCGGACUUCAUGUCGGAGGCGCUCGGCCUGCCGCCGCUCGUGCCGGCGUACCUCGACCCGGCCUACGGCAUCGCCGACUUCGCCCGCGGCGUCUGCUUCGCCUCCGCCGGCACCGGCCUCGACAACGCCACCGCCGGCGUCCUGGCAGUGAUCCCGCUGUGGAAGGAGGUGGAGUACUUCAAGGAGUACCAGCGUCGGCUCCGGCGGCACGCCGGGCGCGCGGCGGCGCGGCGGAUCGUCCGCGACGCGCUCUACGUCGUCAGCAUCGGCACCAACGACUUCCUGGAGAACUACUUCCUCCUCGUCACGGGGCGGUUCAAGCAGUUCACCGUGGGCGAGUUCGAGGACUUCCUCGUCGCGCAGGCGGCGGGGUUCCUCGCCGCCAUCCACCGCCUCGGCGCGCGCCGCGUCGCCUUCGCCGGCCUCAGCGCCAUCGGCUGCCUGCCGCUGGAGCGCACGCUCAACGCCCUCCGCGGCGGCUGCGUCGAGGAGUACAACCAGGUGGCCAGGGACUACAACGUCAAGCUCAACGCCAUGAUCGCCGGCCUCCAGAGCUCGCUCCCCGGCCUCAAGAUCGCCUACGUCCCCGUCUACGACGACAUGCUCAACCUCAUCAACAAUCCUUCCACACUUGGGCUGGAGAACGUAGAGCAGGGGUGCUGCGCGACGGGGAUGUUCGAGAUGAGCUACCUCUGCAACGAGAAGAACCCCCUGACAUGCCCCGACGCCGACAAGUACUUCUUCUGGGACUCCUUCCAUCCGACAGAGAAGGUGAACCGGUUCUUCGCCAAUUCCACUCUGCAGAUCUGCUUGAGGGAGCUCCUCUCUUGAAUGCACAAUAUUCACACAUCCAAUGUGGAUGUACAAAAAAUAUUCAGACAUUCAGAUCAAAUGUACUAUGGUCUCUGUGUCGAUGACCGCCCGUCGUAGAUAGGUUUUCGUCGAGGACGAUCUAACUUGUACACCGUUCCAAUGUGAUGAUGAUCAAUUCUUUGGGUGGUUUUAAAGAGAGGGAGAUAAAAAUUUACACAUUUGAGGUACAUUUGGUCCAUCAUUCAUGCCAUUCAGUUCGGACUUCAGAUACUUGUCAUGCAAAGCACAAACAGAGGUCUUGAGUAGCAAGGUUACAUCAGCA